GGUCACUAGCCGAAUUCUGCUCCUUUCAGUUAAUGUUUAGUUCUCAAGUAUUUCAGUUGUGAUUAAGGUAAACGCAUCUAAAUUAUUUCUACAGCGUUUACUACUCAAUUAGGUUACAGAAAAAAAAUUUUUAAGUUUAUAAAAUUAUGAAAAACAGUUAAGAAUAUAAUUUUUUUCAAUAUUUAGUUUUGCUCAAAAUCAACUACUUUUUUCAACUGCUUAUUAAUAAUGUUUAAGAGAAAACAUACCUAUCAGCGAUAGCAUGACCCGUGACGGAGAAAUACCCGCCAUUUUCAACCCCAAACGGGUGCGAACACCAUCUGUGGUAGUGACGGGUGAAUCUUCACCGAAUGGACCACCGUAUGGCGGUUUCACAAACAUACUCAACACAAGUAACCCGCAAAUUACCCACCAAGACUCAAUAUCAUCGAGUCAACAAGAUCCCAAUGAGGUCAUAACAAUACAUCCUGAUGCACGUGAGUCCUGUCCUAUCAGUGUCGGUGGUGGUGGUGGUGUUGGACCCACGCGUGUUACGAUGUUAGGUGGUGCUGGUGGUUAUGGCAGUAGCGGUGGCAAUGAAUCCGACACACCAACAACGGAGCAUGGUCAUGAUGCUACACAGGUACAUUUUCGUAGACUUAGAGCGUGUAAGCAAUCAUGUUGCUCUGAGUUAGCACAAAAGAUGUACUUUGGGGUUUGCGUCACAAUUCUAGUAACAGCAUCAUGGGUUGGUGCAACGCAUUGUAUAAAAUUUCUAUACUUAAAUCGCAAAGCAUACUCAAUACUCGAUGACAUUGACACCACAUCAAGUCGUGCUGUCGAGUUAGAGCUCGUCACUAAUAUGGAUGAUCGCAGCAAUGGUGUAUUGACCAUUAGUGAUAACUCAUUAGGAGUAACUGAAGUCGAAGAAGAUGCCACAAAAAUCUUUCACAUACCUGAUAGUGCACCACAAACUAGCAUAUUCAGUGCGCCAUUCUUCGCAGCAUGGUUUUUCACAAAUUUUUCAUUUUUAUUUUUUCCCAUCUACGUACUGGGAAGAGUAUCUUUGAGACAAUGUGAUAAGCCAAGCGAAAUACUUGGUGAUGUGUUGCGUGGCUUCCGAGACCGCGGUUUUACAAUAGGUCGUUUUCUAAAUCGUUGUUUAUCAUUUUGCAUACUCUGGCUUAUUACCACCUACCUCUACACACUCUCGUUACGUGUUCUAUAUGCCACCGAUGCUAUGGCGCUUUUUGCCACCAAUGUGGCUUGUGUCUACCUCCUUUCCUGGGUCAUUCUACACGAACAAUUUGUGGGCGUGAGGAUUGUGGCCGUCAUACUUUGUGAUACUGGCAUUGCGCUGCUGGCGUACAUGGACGGCAUAACCGAAAGCCCAACGCUCAGCGGCGUUGUGCUAGCAACACUCGCAGCAGCAGGCUAUGCUGUUUUCAGGGUGAUGUUUCGUAAAGUUAUGGGUGAUCCGCCGAUUGGACAAAUUGCCUUCGCAUUUACGACGCUUGGCUUCUUAAAUGCACUUUUAAUGUGGCCAGUUUGUGUUGCUCUCUAUUUGACCAGCACAGAAACUAUGCCAUCGGAUAGAAUGCCUUGGACUAUUUUAUUGAUUGCUAGUAUUCUAUUACUGGUUUUCCAUAUUCUAAUGCAGUUCAGUGCAGCUGUCACUUACAAUAUGUUUGUGACUUUAGGCCUUAUAACCGCAGUUCCAGUUUCAGGAGCACUAGACGUCGUUUUGUAUGGUGCAACCUUCGCUGGUAUGAAACUAGCAGGCGUCAUCCUGAUAGCUGUGGGCUUUUUCCUUGUGAUGUUUCCAGAAAACUGGCCAGAUUACAUCACAAGACUAUUAAGAAAAAGUGGUCGUGCUAUACUGCGUUACCAAUGUUGUUGUGAAUUAGAAGAGGUUUACUAUCCCCAUUCGAAAUAUCAUCUUAUUGGGUCACAACGCGAGAUGGGGUCGCGGACCUCGCAGCGGCUCGCUAGCGGGUCAUCAUCCAACCAUUAUAGACUACAGGACGGGCUAUAUAAAAUCCCAUCUGCGCUCACCCUCGGGCCGUGUGAGAUGACUGAUCUUUCACCCACUGGCUUUUUAUAUAGCAACGCUAAUCAACAUACCUCCCAUCACCAACAGCAUUCAAAUUAUUCAACUUCCUCAGGGCAACCUACGAGCAGUUAUAGCAGCAGCAUACGUGCUCCGCCUGUAGGCAGUGGUGGCGGACGACUCUUCUCCUAUUUCGGCAAUGAAUACGAACGGGAACGUAAAAAGUCAGAAACUUCAUUCUUUAAUUUAGGUUUUCGGCGUAAGUCGACUGUCGUUUACUAUGCAGCUACCGAUUGAUUAAAUGGAACCCAUGUGUUCACACGCACAUCAAUCGAUUUAGAUGCUAGUUCAAUUUAAUUUAAGUUAAAAAAGUGAUAAAUUAUUAAUCAACCAUUAAAAAGUAAACUAGUAUUAAGUAUUUAGUAAUUAAUGUAAGUAGUUAAGUGUACGUGUUGUAACUAGAUGUUUUGUAAUUGUAAACAUUUGUCAAAUUUUCUAAAUGUAUAGAUUAUAAGAUUAAAAGUCUAAAACUUUAACAAUUGACAUUAAAAUAUAAUAACACUUAAAACGCAUUUCUAAGCUCAAAUAACUGUUGGUAUAAAGCAAACAUAUAUAAUAAACAUUUAUAUCUUUUCUAUACAUUAAUAUUACAGCUGGCUUAAUAUAUUAUAUCUGGAUGAUUGACAUUUAGAAAGUAGUCUAGAUAUAAUGUAUUAACUUCAGUGAAGGUACGGUAUGAGUCUUGCAAUAUCUACACCUUUCAGGUGUAUUGUAACACUUUCAUACAUACUAGCUAUGGAUAAUACGUGUAAACACAUUAUAUUAUAUUGAGUCAAUAUUUAUCAUUAGUAAAAUAGUCAUUCAAUAUAAUUAGCUAGGACAUAAAAUAUAAAUAUAUAUACAAUACACUUAAUUAUCCUCUCAAUAUUAGAAAUCCUAAUGCUAAGGAAGGAAAGCUGUUGUAGUGUAGUUUGACUGAAAAUAAUUUUUUUGUAAAAUAUAUAAUAAUAAUCGCAAUAAACAAAAUUCAAUAAAAUA